GACGUAACUUGUGUCCUUUCGGUACAUGGCUACAUUCGUGACCUUGAUGUGGUGCACGCAAAUCAGCAUGAACACGCUUGGGCUCGAGUACGAGUACGGCUCAUCGUCGGAUGAAGAGGACGAGCGUGCACGUCCUGCGCCACCUCCUCAGACUCAGCCUGACGCUACUGCUGCUCCUAUCCUACCCAAAGUCGAAGCGCUACCAGUAGAACCCACCACCAGAUCUGAUGCUCCCGCCAAGCCAAACGAAGAAGUUGCCGUAGCAAGCGAACCGGUCAAGUCCGCUGCGGUCACUGGACCCGAUGUCUCUAUGGACGGCGAGGAUCUAGAGGGGAUGCUCGUGCGUGCUGGUAUCCCACCGGCUUCCACUCCACUAGCUGAUGGCAGCGAGAUCCAGCAACGAAUCGAGCGGUUCUUGCGGGUACAGCGUGAACGGGGACAGGAUUUUCAGACAACGCUGCAGGAUAAGAAGGAAGUGCGCAACCCGUACAUCCUCGAGAAAGUGGUUGAGUACUUUGGCAUCGACGAACUACAGUCUAACUUCUCUCCCGAUGUGUUUGACCCACACGGCCUGCCACUGCACGAAUAUGCUGACGCAUUGGCUUUAGAACAGAAGAAGCGUGCUGAUGCUCGAGCCCAGCGCCAGCUCCAGCAGCAGCGGGGUGGCGCUGAUCCUCGACAGGUUCGGUUUGUAUCUUCCAACUCACCAAACCAUGCAGGGUGAUUAUUGUCAUAAAAAUUUAGACAGCUGCAACAGCAGCUUUAUUUCGAUGCUUCUCCUGCUUGAGCUCAAUUCGCCCGUGACCCUUACCGAGACCUCUACUACGCCCAUAAGCUGCUGCGUCUUGCAUUUUUGCAAGAUCCUCCUGAUGGAAAUUUAAAUCUUGCUCAAGGCCUUUGAUUCUGGUUUUCGCGGAGUUCAACGCCGCAUCCAUCCUCGCCAGUUGCUCGUCCGCCGCUUUCUUCGCACCGCCCCACUUUGCAGUCUUUCCUCGAUCUCGAACAAACAAGUAGCGUUGAGUCUCUAGAUCUGCCAGUGCUUGGCGACUGCGCAACAGGUCACGUUUUAGAUUUUCACAGGUAGUGGCCUCCUUUCGGAC